AUGAACGCCCCCAAACGCAAAAAUCUAGACCACCAUCGAAACGAAACCUUUGAUGAUGUGCUACGAGCCCAUAUUUCUCAUCUAAAGGUCAACUCGACGUGGUUUCUCCCAUCUAAUCGGAAUGAUAUAUGUCAUUUCGUUCAGACUCUCGAGCAUCACCGCCUUCGGUCUGUGGAAUGGAUAACAUCCAUCGUGUUGUCCUUCGACCAGUUCUUUACCGCCCUCGAUCAGAGUAUGUCCUCACAUCCUGAGCUUCAUAGCUUUGUCUGGGGCUGUAUAAAAUUCAUCAUCGAGGAGGUAUCUAAGCAUUCAGUUUACUUCAAAAAAGUUAUCUCUGUUCUAAGAGAAAUUUCGGGACGGAUGCACUUCUAUCAACAGUAUACCAUGCCGCAGUACGGGGAAUCAGUGGUAGUGGCAAAGGUGCUGGCCGACAUAUAUGGGGCAAUACUGAAGCUCUGCUACGUGGUGCAUCGCACCUUUCCCCGUCGUGAUCAAAGAUCCCAAAGUUCGAACUAUGUCAAAUCCCUCAAUCCCUGGAGCGCCACAAAGCUCGACGAAGUGGUUCAAUCCUUUGAUACAAUUCAAACGGAUCUAGAGAAUGUCGCCCGUCACAACAAAAGAAUUAAAGGUUACGCAGGUCAUGAAGAGCCUCACCAGACACAAAACGGGAGAGCAAUGGCAUCAACAAUAGCGGCGGACGAGAGAGAGGGACACCGACUGCAGAAUACGAUGAGAGAAAAGCCCGCGGAGAAGGCCUCAAGACCAGAGGGACGGGGCAUUUCUAUUCCUUUUCACGAGAUUCACUCAUCAGCACAACAAAAAUUUCUGUCGCAACUUCCAUAUGCCGAAUGGCGCACAAAACAUAGCCAGUGUGGACGUAAAUGGGCUGGACAUAUGGAUCUGGGACACUGGUUUCUGUCUUCCGAAUUGUACCGAUCUUGGGCUACCUCCGACCCGUCUUCGCCACCGCUCUUAUGGGUGCAUGGUAAACGAGGAAUAGGCAAGACAAUGCUAGCGUGGAGAAGUAUCGACGAUCUCUUGUCUCUUCAACCAAAAGGCAAGGAGGACAAUGUCGUGGCAUAUUGCUACUGCCGAACCGAGGAUUCGUCGACGACGGACCCCAUGAAAAUCCUAGGCGCCAUUAUUCGCCAGCUCGUCCCUAGCAUUCCGGGGACUACGAUUAACUGGGAUACCAGCCGUCCCUAUACACGGACAUUCGAAGGGCUUCGGUACUUACUGAAAGCUUUUUUGAAUGAACUGGGAUGUACUUUCAUAGUUAUUGACGGCAUCGAUGCUUGUUCUUUAGCGUCUCUAAAGCGACUGCUUCCCAUCUUUACCUCUCUUUCCAAGCGAGCGCGCAUAUUGGUUAUGAGCCGGGAUAUUGUUGAAAUAGGAGAGGCGUUCCAAGGAUCAUUUUCUCGGUCGCUAUUAAUAUCCACCAUGGAUAUCGCCAAGGAUCUGGAACGAUACGUACGGCAAUGCGUUUUUGAACCGGGGGAUAUCAAUUCAGGAUUUCGUUCCCUGACUCCGGCUGUCCAGAACGACAUUGUUAUUCAUCUAACAAAUCUGAUCCACACAUCUGAGGGCACCUUUCUUUGGAUGCAAUUCCAAAUCCUCCACCUUGCUAAACAGCAUAGCGUGCGAGGCAUCAGGAAAUCGCUUCAGCAGACACCGCGAGACAUUGAAGGUACAUAUACUCAGUCUCUUCAGUCCAUUUAUCGACUUUGUGGAAGGCGCCAAAAGCGCGCCAUUCAAGUCCUGCGCUGGUUGGUGUGUUCUCGAUCACCGAUUACGUUAGAACUUCUUCAGCAAGCUAUCUCAGUGGACGAGAUGUCUGAUCAUUGGAAUAGUCGGAAGGUCAUUGCGGACUCGGACCUCCACAAUCUAAUUGAAGACUGUGCCAAUCUCAUCCAGGUCUUCGAUGUUCGUCCUCCGAACGGGAAUCAAUCUGACAUCGAAUUCACUGUCCAAUUCUGUCAUGCCUCAGUGAGGGAUUUCCUGUCAGCUCCGAAUAUGGACGCCCUAGCAUAUCUGUUCCAUAACCCCCACGAGGCUAUUUUCCAAUUGUGUGUCAAGAGUGCCAUGAUGCUGGAGAAGCAUAGAGACUCCGAUCUGUGUCCUGCACUUUCUCGCUACAUCCAAAGCGUAGAUGUCUUGUGGCAUCUGCAUUACGCAGAUAAAACUGCGAAUCCGGAUAUGCUGCUACGGAACUACCAUGCCAUGCUAUCUAUGCAAAUGUCACCGUUCAGUCGCACGACCCCCGACGUUGACACCAGACUGGAGACUGCACUGCAUAUUGCUGCAGACUUAUCUUGUACUCGUCUCGUACAACAUAUACUUAACAACGGAGUUAGCACCACGCUACGGGACAGGUAUGGGCGUACGACACUCCACUACACCGCUGGUUGCCUUUUCACUCGGUUUCAAUUUACCGAUGAAGGUUUGGCUUGUACUCGCAUCAUUCUCGACGGCCUCGAUCGAGGGUAUAUCAACGCCGUAGAUGACCAGGACUGGACAGCUCUCCAUCACGUAGCCACUAACCACUUGGGACCAUCCGAUGACCCGGCCAACGAUACCGUUCUAUUACUUUUGCGGCGAGGGGCCGAUCCAAAAAUAUCUAACGAACGAGGCGAAACUGUACUUCAUCGUCUUGCGCGAUGUGAAUGGGACUGCGAGCCCGCCCUGCGAUAUUUAUCCCGGUACCUUGUUGACCCCAACCCCAGAAACCACUACGGAGAAACGCCUCUCCAUCUUCUGGCCCAAAGAGAUAUUCUUGGAGGGAAUGCUCUGAAGUCUCUGAAGACCAUGUUGGAGUGUGGCGCCGACACGAAUGCACAGGAUUAUGAUGGAAUAACACCUAUGCAUAUCCUCUGCGGAAGGUCUUUGGUGGACGACACUGUUGCACUGAUGAUAAAAGCGUUGCUCCAGCAUCAAGCCAAUACAAGGCUGCAGGACAUCUCCGGCUUGACUCCUCUCAACGUCUUAGACCAUUAUCACGGCAAUUCUCUGACGCUGCCUGAUACUGUGCGAAGCUUGCUCAAUCAUCGCAUAAACAAGAACUUUGGGCACCAGGGUAGUGGCCGUCGCAAACACUUUGAACCUGCGAUGUCUUCCGCACAUAGUAGCAGGACUGGACAAUUCCAAAAAGCGAAGUUGCUACGACGCCACAGGUGA